AUGUCUUUGUGGGACCGAAUCAACAGUCGCCUUACCUUCCAAAGCGGUAUAGGCUUCAUGUACCGCCAACUGUUCAUGCAUCCUCCGCCAAUCGCAGCAGGAGUCACUCUUGGAGGUCAGACAGCCAUUAUCACCGGCGCGAAUACCGGCCUGGGGUUCGAGGCAGCGCGACAGCUCCUCCAGCUAGAUCUCUCUCGGCUCAUUCUAGCCGUCCGAUCGCAGGCCAAAGGCGACGUUGCAGCAGAAGUCCUCCGCAGGGAGUUUAUACGCGCUGAAGUCGAAGUCUGGAUCCUAGAUAUGGAAGAUCCCGAAUCUGUCGCGGCGUUUGCCGGACGAUGUCAGACUCUGGGUAGGCUGGACAUGGUCGUUUUGAACGCCGGUGUGCAGAACAAGGACUAUGUUGUCUCGCCCAAGACAGGCAAAGAGCAGACUUUCCAGGUCAACUACCUCUCGACUAUCAUGUUGGCGGUGCUUCUCCUGCCGAUAUUGCGAGCCAAAACCGGGUUGGUGGGACGGCCGGCGAGGCUCACAGUUGUAACGUCGACGACGGCAUAUUUCGCGGAUUUCGACAAAGAAAAACCAAUCUUGCCGCAGUUCGACGAGAAGUAUGAUGUUACGAAAUGGUAUGCGCGCGAGAAGCUGUUACAGAUGAUUUUUGUGAGGAGGCUGGCAUCGCUUGUGAACUCCGAUGAGGUGAUUGUCAACACAGCUUGUCCUGGGCUGGUAGGAGAAACGGAGAUCUGGCGUACAUUGAACGCAAACGCUGUCAUGAGUUAUCCCGUUCUGAUGUAUUCGAAACGUGGUGACGAUCUGGAAAAGAAGGUUCUGAGCGAGACCAGGCAGAUUUUGGAAUCCAUGAACGUUUCGCACAGCGCAAUGCAAGGCUUUUAG